AUGGCCUCCCCGCUUCUCAAGCCCUGUCUCUCCGUGCUAAAGUACAUGGUCGACUCGAACUCCCUCCUCUUCAGCCCGGCCAAGAACCCCAUCGUGAAUUAUCUGCUGCGUAGGACUAUCUACGAUCAUUUCUGCGCGGGGGUAAAUGAGAGAGAAGUCCGGCAUACGGUGCAGGAGAUGAAAGGGCUCGGGUUCAAGGGUGUGAUUCUGGGGUAUGCGAGGGAGUCGAUUGCUAAGGUCGAGGACGUGGAUUCUAUUCAGUCUGCUGAGGAGAAGAUGGAGGUUUUGGAUCGGGCCGUGGAGGAGUGGAGGGUUGGUACGCUACGGACGUUGAGGAUGUGUGGGAGGGGGGAUUAUUUGGCUGUUAAGUUUACUGGUGCUGGUCCUGCCGCUGUGGAGGCACUCUCGCGCGGUGGUCGUGUUCCGCCGAAGCGGAUUCAGGAGGCCAUGAUGGAGAUUUGUGAUGCUGUUGCGGCGCAGGGAUCGCGGGUGUGGAUUGAUGCUGAGCAGCAGAUUUUCCAGUCGGCGAUUGAUGCCUGGGCGGUCGAUUUGAUGAGGAAGUAUAACCGGGUGGAGAGGGCGGAUGCGCCGGUGGUUUUGAACACCUAUCAGGCAUAUUUGAAGUCUUCUACAGCUAGGCUUAAUGAGCAUUUACGGCUUGCGCAGAAAGAGGGCUGGGCUAUGGGUGUUAAGCUGGUUAGGGGAGCGUAUAUCGCUCAUGAUCAUCGGGACCGGAUUCAUGAUACCAAGGCCGAUACGGACAGGAACUAUGAUCAUAUUGUGGAGAGUCUGAUUACGAGACAGUAUCCGCUGGGAGGAGAGCCCGGACAGCCGUUCCCUAAGGUGCGUCUGUUUGUGGCGUCGCAUAACGGGGUAAGUGUGCGGAAGGCGUGUGCGUUGUAUCGGCAGCGGGCGCUGAGUGGGUUGCCUUUGAUUCCGGUGGAGGUUGGUCAGUUGCAGGGAAUGGCGGAUGAAGUGAGUCUGGGGAUGGUAGGGGGAUCGACGGAUGGGGCAGCUCCGGGGGUGUUCAAGUGUUUGGCGUGGGGUUCGACGGAGGAGUGUCUGCAUUUCUUGUUGCGGAGGGCUGUUGAGAAUCAGUCGGCGAUGGAACGGACGAGAGAUACGGCGCGGGCGCUGAGGGGAGAGGCGUGGAGGAGAUUGGGUGGGGGAGCUGUGAUGUAA